CUCAGAGAAACCACACGUGGGUCUCUGCUCAGGGGGGACAGCCAGCGCUGCACAGAGACAGAGAGCCGCAGGAGGAGUGUGCAUGUGUAUGUGAGGAAUCAAGACGUGGAUUUCAGCUCAGAUGGGAUGUGAGUGAGGACAAACAACAAGUUCAACCCUUCAGGAUCAAUUCUCCAAGUCUUGAAGGCAAAGAAAAACUCAUUUCAAAUGGUCCGUAGUGGCAAAGAAAUGUAAUACCAGAGUGCAACUGUACUAGAGGACUAUCCAAAGAGCAAACAAGUGCAGGAUUGGUUCUGAAGCUAAGAGAUCCAUGCAUUAAGUACUCUAGAGUCUUGCAAGCAAAAUUUGAGAUCUGUGUGGAGAGGUUUGGAGGUUUCAGCAAUGUCUUUCGCAAUGGUACGACCGGCUCCCAGCCGAUACCUAUAUUCGGAGAUCUCAAUGAUGUCAGAGGACGAUGAAAAUGGCAGCGAGAGCUCAGGCUCAGACGACCGGUCUUUUCGCUUGGACACCUCAGGGUACGACAUUAAAGUUGGAAGAAAGCGGAAACCUGGCAUAGGAGGUGGUGGACGGCUGAUAGGGUCACCACCCAACUGCACGGGCACAAUGGGUCCAUUGCCAGAGGGCCGUCAACGCAAUGCAGCCAAUGCACGGGAGCGGGAUCGCACCAACAGUGUCAACACGGCCUUCACCGCGUUGAGAACUCUCAUCCCCACGGAGCCUGCUGACCGGAAGCUGUCCAAGAUCGAGACCUUGCGGUUGGCAUCCAGUUACAUCUCCCACCUUGGAAAUGUGCUCCUGGUGGGUGAAGCUUGUGGGGACGGACAGCCGUGCCACAGCGGAGGGCCCUCGACUUCAAACUAUUACCACCACCAUGGUUCGCCAAACCGGGACUCGGAGAACUCGCAGCCCAAACAGAUCUGCACGUUUUGCCUCAGCAACCAGAGGAAACUGAGCAAAGACAGAGAGAGGAAAUCAGCCCUGAGGAGUUAAGCCACGACGAGAAUGGAUUUACAAAACAUCAUCACCAAUGUACAAAAGCUGUUGACUGCAAAAUGCAAUGUUGUGGUGUAUAUAUGCAAAUAUCAAUUCAUAUUUAAUUAUUUGUAAAUCGUUGUUGGACAUUUUAUUGGAGGAAAAAAAAAACAUGUAUGACUGGAAAAAGACCAGACUGCAGCAACUUGAUUAUCAAAGAGCUGAACAUCCCGCCACAGCCUUCAUCCAUUUCCACCUUUUCGGUUCAUUUACACACCAAGCUCCACCAAAUGUUUAUUUUUGGCCACAGGGAGCGGAGGCAAAGCUAUUUACCAAAGACUGAACAAGAGGACGGCAUUCGCAAGGCUGCAAAUGAUCACAUGACUUCCCCAGGAGACACAACAUACGGAGCCAGGCUUUGCCAAUCAAAACAAUAAAGGAACAUAUUCCUAUAUUCAAUCAAAGAGGACCUUGGGAAAGUGCUCAUAUUGAGGACAUGAAUGAAUACAAACUGAUGUUUGGCACGUUAUUUCUAACAAAAACAUGAAAGACACUUAGCCUGACUAUGAAAAUGCAAUAAAUUCAUUAAAUGCAGUAUACUGUAUGUCUAAUAUGGCAAAUGACAUAUAUUCUUCAUUGUUUAAAUUAAAAAUGACUAAGCAAA